CACACUCUUCCCUCUCAAAUCAUCGUCACUGCACUCACUGUUUUCCGUUUUCUUCUUCCACUUCUUGAACACUCAAAAUACGAAGAAAAUCCAGAUUUUCAAAAGCUCCUUAAAAAACCGGUUCUUGAUCUGGUUUUCCUUGGGCUGGUUAAGGAAUUCGUACCGUGAAAAAUGGGGAGAGCACCUUGCUGUGACAAGAAUGGCUUGAAAAAGGGCCCAUGGACUCCUGAAGAGGACCAGAAAUUGAUUGAUUACAUUAAAAAACACGGCCAUGGGAGCUGGAGAACUCUUCCAAAGAGUGCCGGGCUGUCGAGGUGUGGGAAGAGUUGCAGGCUUCGUUGGACCAACUACCUGAGGCCCGACAUCAAAAGAGGAAGGUUCUCGUUUGAAGAAGAGGAGACCAUCAUCCAAUUACACAGCAUUCUUGGCAACAAGUGGUCGGCAAUAGCUGCACGUUUGCCCGGAAGGACUGAUAACGAGAUCAAAAACUAUUGGAACACCCACAUAAGAAAGAGGCUGCUAAGAAUGGGGAUCGAUCCUGUAACCCACAGCCCAAGGCUCGACCUCCUCGACCUUUCGAGCAUGGCAUCGCUCCUCAACUCUUCACUCUACAACCUUUCACAGUAUGAUCUCUCAAAGUUCCUUGGCUUAGACCAAACCCUAGUUAACACAGACGUUCUAAGGCUUGCCAGUGGCCUCUUAAAUUCACAGACAGAAAACACUGAUCUCCUUCUCCAUUCUCUCCUUCAAAACAACCACCUUACCACCACUCAAAUGCAAAACCCAUAUCAAAACUUCCAAAACCCAACUCAAAACGUAAUUCCAAACCCACAAAUUCAAGCUCAAAUCCCUGAAAUCCCAUCGUGCACCACCUCAAACACCCAAUUCUUUAGUGAAACCCAAUACCCAUCAAACUUCAGCGCCCAAACUCUCCCUCCAUGCCCCAUGUUCCCAGAGACUCCAAAUGUGAUCGACUCGAAUUUAGGGGAUAAUAUUGAGCCACUGCUAAACCUAUGCUAUCCUUGUGGGGGAGAGCAGUCAGUUUUAGACCCACUGUCUGAAACCUCCACAUAUCAAUCAACAAAUACUAGCAAUCAGAGCUUUGGCUUUGCCUCUGUUCUCUCCACCCCUACAUCCAGCCCCACGCCACUAAAUUCAUCAUCAAAUUAUGUGAACAGUUACACUGAAGAUGAGAGAGACAGCUAUUGUAGUAACCUGAUCCAACAGUUCUCCAUUCCUGAUCUCUUGGAUAUGCUAUGAAUACUGAGAGGAUUGCUCCUACUGUACUUUUCUAAUGAGCUUUAAUUUAUUCAUGCUUUCUUUUUUCUUUUCUUCUGUUUGUUUGUGUAAAGACAAGCAUUGAAAAGCUUAAAUUA